UCUGAACUCCAUCCCACAGCAGGGCACAUUUCAUUCCCCCGGUUGGCCACAGAACUACCCAACCAACACCCACUGUACCUACAAGUUCAUUGGUACACCAAAUGAGCGAGUCAAGAUCCAGUUCUUCUUCUUUGACAUCCAAGGAGUUCUACCUCUCUGCCAUUUUGACUGGAUGGAUAUUUACGCCCAGGUAACAAGCCCCACACAGAGUUUGCUGGACACACCCCUUCUUGGCCGAUUCUGUGAUAACAGCCUCUCUCACCUCCCUAAACUGGUCAUUUCCACCAGUAACAUCCUGGUACUAGACUUCUACUCAGAUGACAAGACGACAGAUGCUGGCUUCAAUGGAUCCUUCACAUUCAUCGAUGCAUCUGUGUAUGCGAUUGGUACCCAAACAGACCCCCAUAUUUGUAACUACACCAUCAAUGGAGUGCGGAAGCCUUCCGGUUACAUUGUAUCCCCCACCUAUCCUGGUUUCUACCCAGACCGACUCCAUUGUAACUACCUCCUCCAGGGAGCUCCUGGACAACGCAUCCACAUCAAGUUUAUAGACUUCUCCCUUUAUCACGGUGGAGACUACUGCCCAUUUGACUAUGUCAAGGUCAGGGAUGGCCGUGACAGAUCAGCGGCUGUCAUUGGUACCUUCUGUGGUAGCUAUAGAAAUGUGGAGUUCUUCUCAAGUCAUGAGUUCCUUUACAUUGAAUUUGUCACCAGUAGUGGAAGGGUGGACUUGGAGAGUACUACCUUAGACAACAAUGUCGACUUUGCAUUUGACCGUAAAGGAUUCAAUAUAUCGUACCAAUUUAGCAGUGCAUUUGUUAAUCUAGAUGAUAUGAAUGAAGGACAUAUACAACACAUGGUGGGCACAGAGUGUGAUGUAAAAAUCGUGAGCAAGAAAGGAUCAAAUGGUACUGUGAAAUCGCCAGGGUAUCCCCGAGAUUACCCCAUCAAUGUCACAUGUCGGUACAUCCUAGACGGCAUGAGCAAUCCAUACUACUCAGAGAAAGUCAUGGUCGCAUUCACAGACUUUGAACUCUCUGGGUCCAUGUCCUCCGAAGCUGAGACCUCCUGUACUAGAGGCCAUCUCCUGGUAGAGGGACAGAAGGACAACAAUGGUUCAGAACAUUUUUGUGGGACUCUAUUUCCCCCAAAUCUCCACAGUAAGGACUCGCGCAUGGUGCUUACAUUGGACACCCAUGGGGCCUACGCCAAAAGAGGAUUCUCGGCAAAUUUUGAGUUCAUCAUAGAUUGUGGUAUUCCCGGAGACCAGCCAGAUCCAAACCAAUGUAUAUUUGUAUAUGACAGUAAAAAUAAAAAAAAAUUUGGGGCAUUUAAUUCUCCGCGACAUUCAUGGAGCAGCCCAAAGUGCCAACAGUGUAACUAUAUAUUCCGUCCGGAGGCCACGGAAAAGCUCCUUAUAUCAUUCGACACAUUUUCUCUGGGAAGUUAUAAUUCAUCAUGUUUAAAUACAGAUUAUCUGGAAAUAUAUGUUGGGACUGGAAAGUCCAGAAGAUUAUUAAAUAGAUAUUGUGGUCAGCGGUAUCCAGCACCAAUUAUUGGCCAACAAAAUAUGGAGAUAGUCUACCAUGCUCAGGACAAGGGAGGCAACUCUAAAUUCCAAGCUCAUUUUGAGUAUCUGAAAGAUAACCAGAUGCAUUCACACUGUGGACGGAGCAUUAUCAGCUCCGGGGGAGGGGGAAUACUAAAAAGUCCUGGAUCUCCGGCCAAGUAUACCAACCGAGUAUAUUGUAAAUGGACUAUACGUGCAAAACGGAAAAGCAACAAGAUAAUGGUGCAUUUCUACAUGUUUCGGCUAGAGGGCAGGACAUCAGGUAUAGGUUGGGUCGGAGCUGGCAUAGGCUGUCAGGAUGCAGUAAUGAAGUUACAUAAUGGAUCUAGUUCUCCGCCAUUAGAACUCUGUGGGACACUAAAUGACAAAACUACAUUUUUGUCUCAAGAUGACACAAUGGAAUUAGAAUUUCUUACAUCUGGUAAAUCUUUAGGAGGAAAAGGAUUUGAAAUAAGCUGGACGGAAGUCCAUUCUGAUUCAGGUGGAACCUGCUAUGGAUUUAUGUGCAGCAAAAAUAGGUACUGUAUCGGAGCAGAUAUGAAGUGUAACAAGAUGAAAAAUUGUGGAGGGGGAGAUAACUCUGAUGAGACAACUGGAUGUAUCCCAGAGACUGAGGAACAGGCGUCGUCGUCCGGUCCUGCCGUCGGCAAGUUUGAAAUUCUCCACAUCGCCAUAGGAGCCUCUAUUUCAUCAUUUUUUUGCAUCAUUCUAGUCAUUUGUGGACUCUACCAUCGUCGUAAAUUUCGACCAGAUCGUAAACCUCCGGCGAAUGACCAUGUGGAAGUGCGGUAUGUGGCUGCAGCUUCCUCGUGUAAUACAACAGACCGUCUUUUAACAAUGGACCAAAAUGAUGGGCGUACGACAAUAGUAACAUCACCACAUCAAACGCCCAGUCAUACAACCAAUCAAAUAUCAAAAUCAUCCAACUCUGGUACACCAGGGACUCCCGUUAAUCCUGGGACCCCCGUACAAGGUGGUACCCCAAAUCAGACUCCUAACUUUUCAAAUGCCAAUCGGACUAGUAAUCGUGCUCCUCGAAUACAGAAGGUGUCCAUAGUGUAGCAAAAGCUUAUUUUUAUACAUCAAACCAAAUACAACGCAAAUAGAUUGUAAUUAAUGUAAUUGUCCCCCAAAUAGAUAGUAAUUAAUGUAACUGUCCCAAGGGGGGUUGGUAUUCCAAGCUUUUUUUUCCAUUUUUGGGAUCAUUCAGUAUUUAUGUAGGGGUAUUCACAGACUCUGCAGCUGUGGAAAUUGUAAUCCCUUCCAUUAUGAUACAAAUAUCAUCAUUCUGAGUCAGAAUUAGAAUUUUCAAACAGUUACUAAUUUCUGUGAUAUAUUCCUGUAAUUAAUAUAUCUGCAAAGAAUUAUUGUUAUUAUUAUUAUCUGUACAAAAUUGUAUAUAGAUGUUUUUGUUUAUUUAUUUUUUUUUUUUUUGGUUGUGUAUAUUUGAUAGUUUAAACAUUGUGUGAGUGAUUACAGAAUGGUGUUGGUCGAGGCUGUAUAUAGUGUGUACAUGUGCUGGGUAGUUUGUCCUCCACUUCACCAUCUUAGUGCUCAUCUUUACAUAUCUCAUCCAUCCAUCCUGUUCUGUAUGUUAAAACUACAUGUAUAUACAUUGUAUAUGUAUCUAGUGCUGGCCCUCGGUCUUCUAUCUAAAGGCUUUGGUCCACUGUGAAGCCUAUAUCAAGAAUAUGUGUAUAUUGUUCAUAGGUUUCUGAUUUACUUAGUACUGAAGACCUCUUGUAGAUAGGUUUCCAAAGUGUAGCAGCUGAAACAUACUGACGUACUUAAAAUACGCCUCUGCAUGUAUAGUUAUCUCUGAUGGGAACUAAGGAAUAAAAUCAAAUAAACAGAUGGUUCUUUUUUAUAAUUGUUUUAUUUCUGUAGAAACUUGCCUAUAAAGGGCACCUCAUUGUAUCAUAAAUGUGGUGAGUGUGACCUUGCAUGGUCAAUGGUCAAUGUGGCCUUCGUCAGUGGUCAGUGUGACCUUGGUCAAUGGUCAGUGUGACCUUGAUCAAUCAGUGAAUAUUUUGCUGCUGCUUGAAUGCACCUGGAAGAAGACUGGAAGGACUAUUGAUCAACAGCCAGUAUUCACUGGAUUUACUGCCAGUCUUCACUUGAUUUACUGCCAGUCGUCACUCGAUUUACUGCCAGUCGUCACUCGAUUUACUGCCAGUCUUCACUUGAUUUACUGCCAGUCUUCACUUGAUUUACUGCCAGUCGUCACUCGAUUUACUGCCAGUCUUCAAAUUAAUUUAUUAUUAUUAUUUUCUCAAAUUGCAUUUGCCAUAUUUGUUUGUUUUAUUUUGUUUUUUUUUUUAAAGAUUUAAUAUUCUAAGAUGUGCAGAAAGCAGUAAACGAUAACGGAUUGCAAAACAUUAUUAAAUAAUUAAUUUGUUUUAAAAUUUUGUAUGAAUGCUGUAUAAAAGGUGACUAUAGAGUUUGGUAU